AUGCCGCUGUGUCUCGCUUUCAUCAACUUCAAGAAAACCUUUAAUAGAGUUGAGACGGGCGCCAUAGUGAAGGCCUUGGACAGCCAAGGGGUCCCUUAUCUAUACAAAAAGAUACAUCGAGAAGUUCGUCAGGGUGAAACAAUUCCACCCAAAAUAUCCAGUGCGACUCUCAAGAACGCUAUGCGAGGAUUGGAAUGGGAUGGCAUGGGAGUCGACAACUUUACGACAGGAAUUUCGACAUUCUACAAGAAUAUCAUCACUGACGUGAAGAGAGGGGUCCGACAAGGUGAUACAAUCUCACCCAAAACAUUCACAGCCACCCUCGAGAACGCAAUACGAAGGCUGGAAUGGGGCGACAUGGAAGCGAAGGUGGAUGGUCGGCAGCUAUACCUUUUGCGCUUUGCUGAUGACAUCGUUCUAACAACACCUAGCAUCAGUCAAGCGGAAGGAAUGCUGACCGAAUUCGAUGAAACAUGUGGAUGUAUCGGUUUUCAGCUGAACCUGAACAAGACGAUGUUCAAAUGA